AAUAUUUCUUCUAGCGUAAAUUAUGCUGCUUUCAGCCUCGUUCGGCUGACUUAUACCCUUCCACCUCGUGCACUUCUACCACGAUUUAUCUACUGGAACUAGCGAGUCUGACGUGCCAGACUCCAGUAUCGGAGAUGCCACAGUCAGACUAUAGAGUGGCCAUGCUUCCACCACCAGGCAACAUUGUCGCUCCUCGUGGAUUUCCAGCUGAUCCUCGACCGGCGGGAGCGCCCCAACUAUUCCUUGACGCUAUGGACGUUCGGCUUAAGGUCUUCUGUGACGAACAGAAGUGCGCUUUGGAGCCUGAGCUGGACGAAGAUGACCCCAGAUCAGUUCAUUGGGUGGUAUACUAUACUGGAGGACCAGGUCCGGAGCAGCCUGUUUCUGUCAUUCGCAUUGUUCCUCCACCUCAUGGGCCUCAUCCAAAUGGCUUCCAUGAUCCGCACGAAGAGCCAUACGUGAAGCUUGGACGCGUUGCAACCAUGCCCGAAUUCAGGAGGAGAGGUUUAACGCGAAUGCUAUCGGAAGCAGCUUUUCGCUGGCUUGUUGCGAACAGAGAACAAGUUGGUGGAGGUUGGAAAGACCUCGUCCUGACUCAUGCUCAGGUUGACGUCGAGAAGAUGUACGGCAGAAUGGGCUUUGUUACAGACGAUAAACUGGGCCGUUGGGACGAAGAAGGGAUUGAGCACCUGGGAAUGUGGAAGCGUCUAGAUGCAGUACCUUGACGGCGAGAAAGCCCUGGUUCGAGUCAUCCAUUGUGCGGAUGUAUUGGUACUUCCGGCAGACGUUCUAGCAGCGGUAUGCCUGUCGGUCGCAGCACGUGACACCAAGGCAAACUGUGCGGUUCACUCUUAGCGGCGCACAGCCACCACCACUGCUAUGAGAGCUUAAGCAGCCUUGAGGUCAACCAGACACGUUGCCCACCGCCUUUCGUGAAGCAAAGGUUGAAAACAAGGCCUCCAACUCUUUCACGUGUACUCAAGCCCGACCAGAGUAUGUCAU